UUUUUUUUUUUUGUUAUCUUCACUUUUUAAUAUAAAUACGCUAAUAUUUUAUUGAUUUUUUUUUAAUAUAAACUUAUAUUUUUUAAUACAAUAUUAAUUAUAUUAUUAUGGAACCCAACAUAGAAAAGAAACCUAAUGUUUUCAAACGUUUUAGAAAUUACCUUAGUUCUCCCGGUAGACAGUUCGCAGUACAGUCUGCUGCACCAACACAAUUUCUUCACAAGGGCAAUGAGGAGACAGAUUGUGAUAUAAAUAUUGUUGGCUCAGAUUUACCACAUAAUAUCUCCAUUUAUAAUGAAGCCAAUAAAAAAUCUAGAGGUGCUCGAUUCUUUGAUAAAGUGACAGAUAUAGCCGGUUCUAGCUUUAUGUUUAUUUUAACAUGUAUUAUUUUAAUUAUUUGGGCUAUUUGGGGCGGUGUGUCGAAAGCUCCUGAUGAAUGGCAAAUUGUGAUGCAAGACGGUAGCUCUAUUCAAUGUUAUAUUUCAGAUACCCUUUUAAUGAGACAACAACAAAAUCAUAGUAAUCGUUUACUUACCGUUAUUGCCCAGUUACGUUCUAGAUGCAUUACCUUUGAUAAACUUGUUAAACAAACUUAUGAAAAACAUCCAAAACUAACUCCAUAUGAAUUAAAGGAGCUUGCUGAACGUAUGCCUGAAGAUACUCUUGGUGAUGCUACCAAAUUACCCACGGAAAAUUUCUUUGAUGUUUGCUGUAAUUGGGCUUCUGAGGCUGUAGGAUCUCUUACUUCUUUACUAAUUUAUAGCGCUGGUGUCAUUGCUUGGGUUUGUAUCGGUGAUUAUCUUUCUUGGAGUGAUGAAUGGCAACUCUAUAUUAACACAGCUGUUGCAGUUGAACUCACGUUUACCUCCAUGUUUUUACAAAAUACCCGUCGUCGUCAUAUGCAAUACCUUGAACGAUGCCUCGAAUGCAUUCAUGAAAUAGAUAUUAACCUAGAAGUCCUCUUGCGUCAAACAACAGGUGAUAAUACCCCUAACCCUAUCGUCUCUAUCCCUCCUACGCCUGUCUCUCGUGGCAUUCGUAUGAUUGAUUACUAUGGUGAUGUUAUUGGUACCGGCAUAGGCGCCUUCAUCUCUUUAUGCGUUUUUAUCGUUUGGUUUGGUAUUGGUUCCCCCAUGGGCUGGAGUGAUAAUUGGUGGUUGAUUAUUGGUACCUAUACUGGCUUGGUUGGCUUCCUCGACGGUUUCGUGUUACGUAAUGUUUAUUUCCGUCAAGAUAAUGUUUUAGAUGAGCAAUUUGAUAUCCUUACUGAUAGUGAUAAAGCUAUCUUCCAAUUCCUCAACUUGUAUCUUCCUGAACAAAAUGAAUCCCCUAAACAAAGUUUCGGUCAAAGAUUAAGUGCUCGCAUGGGUUAUAUCUGUGCAACUCCUCUUGCUGUCUUAUUUGCUGUUUUAGUGAUUAUUGGUCUUAUCUGCGUUGCCUCUGGUAUGAAAUGGAAUGUAACUGGUCAAUUGUUAUGUAAUUCACCUACCAUGAUCAUUGAAGGCUUCUUACUUAUUGUCCUUCUUCAAGCACAUAACAUGUCAAAUACAGUUAGACGUGUUCAAAUGAAAGACAUCUUUGUUAGAAGAGUUCGAUUACUUCAUUAUAUUCGUAUGGUUACUGGUGCUAAUGAACAUUAUGAUAUUAAUGAAAAGCAUAUUCAAGAAAGCACUGUUGUUAAUGAAAAGAAAAAAUAAUAAUUCCAGCAUGACCCUUAUCUAAUUGUAUACACAUCUAUUUACUCCCUAAUUUAUUAUUUUUUAUUGCCAUCAAAACUUAUUUCCUCCUCCCUCUCUCUCCUACUGCCUUAAACACAUUUAUCUUACAUUCUCUUUACAUACAUAGAUUCCACUAUUACAUAAUAUAUAUUAUUUAUUACUCUUUAUAUAUGUAUCAUGCUUUUUUUAUUAAAACUUAUAAUAACGCAUUUUACCCAAAAAAUUGAGCAAAAUAAAAAUGGUUGCUUUGAAACAUAUUUAAUGAAAUAUAC